CUGCAAGCCGAUCUAUACGAUCAACUAUUUCCAAAUAACCCUUCAACUUUACACUUUCAGAAGUUUUACAUCACUGAAGAAGACUUACUAAUCGGUAUCGCUGCUUAUAAAACAAAUUCCUUUAGAUACCAAAUUUACAAAUUUUUAUCAAUACUAUCUCUAGGUUUAUUCUACCUUUUCACAAGAUGGUUCACUAACUUUAAAAUCAACUUUAUAGGUGAAAAGACUUCUCUAGCUAAAGCCGAAUGGGUAGUGGUAGAAUCUCAAUUUGGCGACCUAAAUAUCAUUAAAGUUAACAGAACCUGGUAUAAUCGAAACUUCUCCACUAUUUUUAAUUUACACCAAAAUUCAAAUCUCGAUUUAAACAUUCCAAUUCUAAUUUCCUUAGAUUACAGAUACUUUAAACUCAUCUUCAAUCCAAUCGAUGAUUUAUUCACAACAAAUACAAACUGGUUCGACUCAAAAAAUUGGUCCUCAAUUAAAAAUAUUAAAAAUGGUAUUUACGACUACAAUUAUGAUGAUCGUCGUUUGGUAUUUGGAUCAAAUUCUUUAUCAUUAAUUGAAAAAUCUUCUUUAAAAAUCCUACUCGAAGAAACUUUGCAUCCCUUUUAUGUUUUUCAAGUGUUUUCAAUCAUUUUAUGGCUAUUAGAUGACUAUUACUAUUAUGCCUUUUGUAUCUUCAUUAUCUCAAUUAUUUCAAUUCUUGAUUCCUUAUACGAAACUAAAACUACAAUGAAAAAAUUAAAGGAAAUAUCUGAUAAUAACAACGAUGUCAUUGUUAGAGUUAAAAGAAACGAAUUUUGGAAGGAAACUAGUGUUGAUGAACUAGUUCCUGGCGAUAUUUAUGAACUAAAUUAUUCAAAUUCAAACGACCUAAGUAUAGUUCCUUGUGACUCAAUUCUACUAACUGGUGAUUGCAUUAUUAAUGAAUCAAUGCUAACUGGUGAAUCUGUACCAAUCCCAAAAAUCCCAAUAACUGAUGAUGUUCUAUUAAAUCAUGUCUCAAACUUAAAAUCUUCUUUUAUAACAAAAAACCAAAUUGACAUUAAAUUAGCAAAAUCUUAUCUAUUCAGUGGAACUAAAAUUAUCAGAGUUAGAAGAUCAAAAUUCAAAAAUGAACCAGCUCUAGCUUUGGUCACUAAAAUUGGUUUUUCAACUACAAAGGGCUCUUUAUUAAGAUCAAUGUUAUUUCCAAAACCAGUGGAUUUCAAAUUCUAUAAAGAUUCCUUUAAAUACAUUGGAUUUAUGUGCGUAAUUGCCUUGAUUGGUUUUGCUACUUCAAUUGCGAAUUUCAUUAAAAUGGAUAUCGAUACAAAAACUAUUUGGCUAAGAGCUUUGGAUAUUAUAACGAUAGUGGUUCCCCCUGCUUUGCCUGCAACUUUGACAAUCGGUACAAGUUUUGCUAUCAAUAGAUUGAAAAACAAAAACAUUUUUUGUAUUAGUCCUUCUAAAGUUAAUGUUGCUGGUAAAAUCGAUGUUUUUUGUUUUGAUAAAACUGGAACUCUAACCGAAGAUGGUUUGGAUAUUCUUGGAAUUCAUUCAACCUCUAUAAAAAGAAAAAAUAGCAACAAAAGUUCAAUUUCUUUCGGUCCACUAAUAAAAGAUAUAAAUGAUCUAUUUCAAAACGAGAAUUUAAAUUAUGCUAGAAAAUCGCUUAAUGAUUAUAAUUCAAUGAAUUUUUUACUUUCCCUUUGUUGUUGCCAUUCCUUAAGAAAAGUCGACAAUGAACUUAUUGGUGAUCCAUUAGAUUAUAAAAUGUUUGAAUUCACCAAAUGGAAUUAUAUCGAGGACUAUUUAGUUGAACAACAAAACGAAGAACCCAUUAUAUAUUCUGCAAUUGUUAAACCAACAAUUGAAACAUGUUUAGAUAUUAAUGAUCAAAAUAAUUAUUUUGGAAUCGUUAAAUCUUAUGAGUUUAUUCCCUCUCUUAGAAGAAUGUCAGUAAUUUGUAAACCUAUUUAUGGGGAUGAUACUGAAGAAAACAACGCCUAUGUUUUCACGAAGGGUGCGCCUGAAGUUAUCUUGGGAAUUUGCAAUAGAGAAUCAUUACCUGAAGAUUACAAUUUACUAUUACAUAAAUACACACAUAAUGGUUAUAGAGUCAUUGCUUGUGCUUAUAAAAGAAUUGCAGAUCUUCCAACAAAACUUUUGGAUAGAAAAGAUAGAAGGGAAGUGGAAUCAAAUUUGAACUUUUUAGGAUUUAUUAUUUUUGAAAACAAAUUAAAAAGUCAAACUACACCCACCUUACAUGAAUUAAACCAAGUUGCUAAUAUUAGAACCAUUAUGUGUACUGGUGAUAAUAUUCUUACUGCUAUUAGUGUUGCAAAAGAAUGCGAAUUAGUUAGUAAUAGUGAUGAUUUUAAAAUCUAUAUCCCGAGAACUGUUUUUAAUGAAAAUUAUAAUAGUUCUUCUAUUUUAUGGGAAAACGUCGAUGAACCUAAAGAUAUUUUAGAUUCUGUUACACUCGCACCAAUUCAUCUGUGUUAUAGCGACUAUUGUUUAGCGGUUACUGGUGAUGUUUUCAGAUUUAAUGAUCCAAAUAAUCAAUCUAACGAAUUCGAGGAAAAGUUCUCACAAGAUUACAUUCGAAAAAUAUUAAUGAAAGCUAAUAUCUUUGCAAGAAUGUCACCAGAUGAAAAACAUGAAUUGGUUGAACAAUUACAAAAACUUGAUUAUACAGUUGGGUUUUGUGGGGAUGGUGCAAAUGAUUGUGGUGCGUUAAAAGCAGCUGAUGUUGGGAUAUCCUUGUCUGAAGCAGAGGCAUCAGUCGCAGCACCUUUUACAUCUACAGUGUUUGAGAUAUCAUGCGUGCUCGAUUUGAUGAAAGAGGGAAGAGCAGCUUUAGUUACAAGCUUUAGUUGUUUCAAGUAUAUGAGUCUAUAUUCAGCCAUUCAGUUUGUGACAAUUUCAAUACUCUAUAAAAAGGGAUCUAACUUGGGAGAUUUUCAAUUUUUAUGGAUUGAUUUGUUUUUAAUAUUGCCAAUAGCGAUAUUUAUGUCGUGGUCAAAACCAUAUGAAAAAUUGGUUAAAAAGAGGCCAACAGCAAAUUUGGUUUCGCCAAAGAUUUUAAUACCAUUAGUUGGCAAUAUUGUUAUAGUGAUAAUUUUUCAGUUUAUUAUAUGGAAACUAGUGCAAAAAGAAGAAUGGUAUAUUAAGCCUAUUCCUGGGGGAGAUGAUGCAGUUGAUUCAUCAGAUAAUACAGUUUUGUUUUUAUUUUCUAAUUUUGAGUAUAUCUUAGCAGCGAUCAUUUUAACUCAGGGCCCUCCAUAUAGAGAAAGUUCAUUAAAUAACAUGCCAUUUGUUUUAAAUGUUUCAAUUGCAAUCUUAUUUUCAAUUGGAUUGGUUUACCUCAACGCUGAUUCUAAAUUGGGAGGAUUGAUGCAGUUAACGUAUACAUCAAAUUUUUUUAAAAUUUUUAUAAUUACUUUUUCUGGGAUGAAU